CCACGCAGGGCUGUAAUGUCUGGACAAACUCCAUGUCUCUCCAGCAGAUGGGAUCAAGCGGCCCAACCUAAACCGAGGAGCAGUGAGAAUGUAACCCGCGGACUUUCAGGGACGGUCAGCUCUCCUGGCUCCAAGACGUCCGUUGUCGCGACACAAUGCAGAGUGGCGGACUCGUUAAUGGCUGCGGAACACCGGCCACAACACCAGGGAGGCGUCGAAAUGGCCUCCGCCAUGGCUGCUAAAAUAAAUGCCAUGUUGAUGGCGAAAGACAAACUUUUAACUCCUCCCCCAUUGCUGGCAAAGACUCCCCCCAGAGUGCCAGCAUCAGAAGAGCUGCUGGCUACACAGGUGGACAUCAACCAUGUGCCACUCACCUGCAGAGACCUGCUCACCAGAGGCACAACCCAAGAGGAGAUUGGACUGUGUAGUGGAGCAGUGGUCUCAACUGGAGGACACUACAUGCCUGACCCUGACCAGGGAAACACAGGAGGACCAAGACCUUUGUACUUGAAUGUGCAGGCCAAGACUCAGGAGCAGGUCGAUAAAGCAGUAGCCAGAAUAAAAGCGAUCAUCUCUGAGGAUCUGUUGAGGGCAGCAGCAGCCUCAGGAAGCCAACAUGUGCCCAUCAUGCCUCCUCUCACGUUAUACCCUCAGCCUCCUCGGCCCGUCGUGCCAACAGCCAGCAGCUCCACGGCAGUCCAAGGACACCGUCCGGCUGCUCCUCACCCAGGGAACUUUGUGCACACCAAGAUCUUUGUGGGCUUAGACCAGUCAGUGCCAUCCUUCAACAUAAACGAGAAGGUUGAAGGUCCUGGAGGAACAUACUUGGGACACAUCCAGACAGAAACCAGCGCACGAGUCUUCCUGCGGGGAAAAGGCUCAGGAUACAUCGAGCAGGCAUCCAAAAGAGAAUCUUUUGAACCUCUUUAUGUUUACAUCAGCCACCCAAAUGCAGACGGACUGGAGGCAGCAAAGCGACUGACAGAAAAUCUGUUGGAAACCGUGAGAGCCGAGCACGCCCGCUUGAAGUCCACCAUGACUGCCUCUGGCUCCACACAAGCAUAUGCAGCUCAUGGAUUCCCAGUUAAUAGCAAUUACGCUAACCAUCCUUCCUGGUUCAACUACUCAGCCAAUGGCUACCCUGCCUACUCGGCCCCUGCUGGUUAUUGGAGGAAUACAAAUGGUCCCUCAAGUCCUUCUAACGUGUCAUCAAGUCCUCCAUCUUCUCAGGCAAUGGUUCAGUAUCCUCUCUGUCCCCGGAAACCAAACCCCUAUCAUGUGGAGGCUGCGCACAGCGGCGAUGCAGCAGAACAUCAACAUUCUUUACCUUCUCAGCCCCACUCAGGAAGUUCCCUGCAGGAUUGCCAUGAAAGCAGCAAGAAAGAAGAGCCUUCCAGUAGUUCUCCAGAGGUUCCUGCUCCUCAAGAGUCCACACUUUCACCUUCCGAUCUUGUCCAAAACAAAACAGUAGAAAGGAUCUUGAUGCCCCCGCCUCCUCCUCCCUUCGCUUCUCUCACCUGCGGCCUACUCAAGCGUCCGAGAGAGGAGCUGAGCCAAGAUCCAGUGGGUCCAUCAUGGGGUACAAAGUAGUUUGAUAUUCUGGGAGCAGGUGUUGCUGAAGACAAGAGGUCCAGGGUGGAGGAGGACACGUCUGGCCUGGUGCCCUAUGGAGGAGACUCCUCAGAUGAGGAAGAGGAGAAGACGUAAGAACACUAACUCAUGAGGCCUGACAAGGAACACUUUCUUCAUCGAUGAAAUGAACAUUUUUCUACCACCACAAUAACAAUAAUAAUAUUGUUAUGUAGGAAAUGACCGGAAGAACUCAAUCACCUCUCAAGUUUUUUUACACAAAAGAAAAUCAUGAUUCCCCUCAACAUUUUUCAACUCAGACGAAUUUUGACACUUUUUAGGUUUCCUUGGUGGAUUUCUCCUUUUUUAAUGUGAAUAGUGAUGAUCAUAUUUUACAGCAGUUGGCCAAGAAAUGUAAAAACUUUUCUUCUCUUGGAAAAUGAAUGUUGUUCCCAUGGAAUAUUCAAAUAAAAAGUCAUCAAAUCUC